AUGCCGGCCCACCUGAGCCAGGCUGCGGCCCUCGCGUUCAGCCCCGCCGGGGCGGGGCCCUCCUCGUGGGCGCCGCGCGCGUGCGCCGGCCCCACGCCGGCGCUGUCUCCGGCACGCCGCGUCGGCGCCGUGCAGCUGUGUGCGCCAGAGCCGCCGGCGCGGGAGCGGCGCGGGGAGGACGACGGGGAGGAGGAGGUGCAGCUCCUGAUGGAGCGGAUUCGCAGGCUCGGAAACACCGGCCUCGACAUCCUCCCUCCGAUCCUGCGCGCCGUGCCCGCGACCGCUUCGGUCGUGCUCGCUUCGGUGCAGUGGGCGGGGAAGGCGGCGCAGCACGUCCGAGUAACAAUAAUAAUAAUAACAAUAAUAAUAAUAAUAAUUUACCAGGUCCGAGUCGACGGUCGCACCAUCUCGCCGCCGGCGGACCAGCGCGCCGCCUCCAGCGCCGCCCGCGCCGCCGCCUCCUCCCGGCCGCCCCAGCACGCUCCUUGCCAGCAGAGCAACGGCAACGGCGGUGCUGCCAACGGGGUUAACGGCGCUGCUGCCAACGGCGCUGCCAACGGCGCUGUGAACGGCAACAGCGGAGGUGUGAACGGCGUUCACGUGGUCGGCGUCAACGGCGUUGUCCCCGCCUUUACGCCGCCGUCGGAGCCAGUCGUCACUCCGGUCGCGCUAGCCGCGCCCUCCGCCGGCGCCGUGCACGCCGUGCAGGACGCCGCCAGCUUGCUGCUGCAUCAUCAGCCAGUCAUCUCAUUGCGUGAUCAGGCGCCGACGGCCCCGCCUCCAUCACGCUUGUCGGAGUCGGCGGCGGCGUCGCUGCUCUCCCUGGGCGAGGAGGGCUCUCCCCCCGACCUCGUCUUCAUCACGGCGGGGCUCGGCGGAGGCACCGGCUCCGGCGCCGCCCCCGUCGUCGCCGCUACCGCCAAGAGACUCGGCGCGCUCACUAUUGCCGUCGUGACUACCCCCUUCGCUUUCGAGGGGGCGGUGACGGAGACGCUGUACGCGGCCGACGAGGCGAUCCUCGGCGUCGCCUCCCUCCUCUCCUCCUCGCAGCUAAUCAACGUCGACUUCGCCGACCUGCGCGCCGUCAUCUCCGGCGCCGGCCUCGGCUUGGUCGCCGUCGGGCGCGCCUCAGGCCCCGACCGGGCGUCCGAGGCCGCGCGGGCUGCGAUCUCCUCCCCGCUGCUAGACAUCGAGCUGCGGCAGGUGCGGGGGCUGGUGUACGCCGUGCAGGGCGGGCCGUCGGUGUCGCUGCAAGAGGUGCGGAGGGUGGGCGAUCUGCUGGCGGAGAUCGCGACGGUGCGGAGGGUGGGCGAUCUGCUGGCGGAGAUCGCGACGGUGCGGAGGGUGGGCGAUCUGCUGGCGGAGAUCGCGACGGUGCGGAGGGUGGGCGAGCUGCUGGCGGAGAUCGCGACGGUGCGGAGGGUGGGCGAUCUGCUGGCGGAGAUCGCGACGGUGCGGAGGGUGGGCGAUCUGCUGGCGGAGAUCGCGACGGUGCGGAGGGUGGGCGAGCUGCUGGCGGAGAUCGCGACGGUGCGGAGGGUGGGCGAUCUGCUGGCGGAGAUCGCGACGGUGCGGAGGGUGGGCGAGCUGCUGGCGGAGAUCGCGACGGUGCGGAGGGUGGGCGAGCUGCUGGCGGAGAUCGCGACGGUGCGGAGGGUGGGCGAUCUGCUGGCGGAGAUCGCGACGGUGCGGAGGGUGGGCGAUUUGCUGGCGGAGAUCGCGGAUGAGGACGCGCAAGUCAUCUUCGGCGCCUCGACGUCAGUCGGCAGCGCUGGCACCGCGAGCUCCUUAAUUAAGUGCCUCAUUAAUGAGUUGAAUCAGGCGCCUCGACUCCGGACGGCAGCAAGCUAA